CUUGGCUAACUGGACCUUGAUGUUGGCAUUUGCCGUAUCAACAGCUUUCUGCGAGACCUCGAAACCCCAGGUUUCGAAGCCGUUCAAUGCCAGCAUUGCUACAUCGUGCCCCUGCCACAGCCCUGCAAAUAGCACUUAUCAGUUAUGUCGCGUUGAUUGCGCAUUCAUCAAAGACUAAAAAGGAAAGGGCUGAUGCUGCGAAAUCGACUGACAGGGAUGAACGCCUUCAAUGGGCGUGUGCUGGCACCAAGCUCGAUGCCGGGCGGGUGUGUCCACAGGAAUGUCACCAGAGCCGGCGAAGGUCUUCCGCGAUCCCACAAGUCUGGCUUGUCAAACUCCCAGGGAUUGGACCAGCCGGCACUCUGUUUGUCGCGGGCGCUGGCGCUGUCAGCUUCGUCGCACGUGCUGAAACUUAAGUCCCACUGGACGUCAUCGAAAUGCGCGAUCAAUUGCGUCCUGUUCUGCAGCGAUUGGGCCUUGGUAGUCAUAAUGCUGGUAAGAGCCUUCCGAGCCCCAUCAGUGAUCGCACGAAACUCUGACGAAUGCUCAUGCGCUCACAAGCCGCCUGCGGGUAUGAACGCGUUGCAGUCUGCAGGGGGGAUCGCAGAGUGUCUUCAAGGGGUUAGAGAAAGUGAUUGGAUUUGGUUGUGGAGCUCGCUCUGACGGUGGGGCGCUUGAAGGGCAAUGGACCCUGCACGGUUCAAAUCUUUCGAUCCUUCGUUCCUGAACCGGAACGCACGACAUCUGACGGGCGCCACGUCGGGAAAAUCUUCUGACGACAUGAAAAAGCGGCGUCUUGCGAGGAGACCCACGGGCAGAAGAACUCGCAUUUCGUCAUGCGCUGGACAUUUUUAUCACCAAUCUGAAGCUACGGCUGGUUUCCGAAAUGUCCAAGACACCAAGGCUUCACCAUUUCUUGGUUUCCAGCGUUGGACA